UUGAGAGAAGAGAGGGACAGAGGGUGACGUCACUACUUGGAUUGCAGUGUUGAGUCCUACUAACUACUAUAAUCCUGAUUAGGGAAAGCCUAAAGGAAAACCCCAGGAGCCCUGAACGACAGAACGAGAAAGAAGGAGUAGAGAGAGAACGACAAGGUCACCUGCUAUCAACCACCCAGAGAGAGACAAGAGGAGAGGAGACAGAGACAGAAUAAGGAUUCUUUUUAAUCUGGGAAUUAGGAGCGUAGGAAUCACAUAAACUACAGAAAAGGAACCACAUAAUCACAGUCAGGAUGCCCACUAACAGGACAAACUGUCCACUGAAACUGCAGUUUGGUCUGAUCAAUCAUGAGAGUUGCUACCUCACUGCAGAGGCCUUUGGCUUCAAGGUGAGAUACACUGGUCCCAGUCUGAAGAGGAAGCAGGUGUGGAUGUUAGAACAGGACUCCCAGGACCCCCAGGUGGUCUACUUCCGCAGCCAUCUGGGCCGAUACCUGGCCUCCGACAAGGAUGGCAAGGUCACCUGCGAGGCAGAGGUCCAGAACAGAGACUGCCGCUUCCUGAUCGCUGCCCAAUCAGACGGCCGCUGGGCACUGCAGUCUGAACCCUAUCUGAGGUUCUUUGGAGGUUCCUGUGACUACCUGUCCUGCUUCACCCAGGUGAUGACAGAGGCAGAGCUGUGGACAGUACACCUGGCACUCCACCCGCAGGCCAACCUGCUCAGUAUAGCCCGCAAGCGCUAUGCCCACCUGUCACCCUGCAAUGGUGAGAUCGCCGUGGACCGGAACAUUCCGUGGGGGGUGGCAGCGCUCCUGACGCUCGUCUACCUGGAUGGGAAGUACCGGCUCAAGACCUGUGACAGCCGUUACCUAGUCAACGAUGGGAAGCUGUCAGCGGAGAGCGGGAGGGGCACGGGGUACACACUGGAGCUGAAGUGUGGGAAGCUGGCGUUUAAGGACUGUGAGGGGAAGUACCUGAGUCCCAUGGGCCCCACGGGGACACUGAGGUCUGGCAGGUGCAGCAAGCCGGGGAAGGACGAGCUGUUUGACCUGGAGGAGAGCCACCCUCAGGUGGUGCUGAUGGCAGCCACCCGUAAAUAUGUGUCUAUACGGCAAGGAGUGAGCAUCUCAGCCAAUCAGGAGGACGAGACGGACCUGGAGACGUUCCAGAUGGAGAUAGACAAGGAGAGCAGGAAGUGUCUGUUCCGGACAAAUGAGAGAAAAUACUGGGCCCUGGUGGCCAAUGGAGGCAUCCAGACUACAGCCACGGAGAGGUAACCCUAACCCUAGCUCCAGCUGCAACCCUAACCCUAUCUCCAGCUGCAACCCAACACCUAGCUCCAGCUGCAACCCUAACCCUAGCUCCAGCCGCAACCCUAACCAUAGCACCAACUGCAACCCUAACCCUAUCUACA